GUCUAUGGUUCAAGUCACGAGACCCUUACAUUACUCGUCUUCAGGGCAGUUUUUAAACUACGACACAGUCAAUGCGAUAUUACUCUGUCGUUAACUUCCAGAACAUGAAAGCGCUAGCAUUUGGGCUAACCCUUGUUCGACAUGGGGAGACACAGUACAAUAAAGAAGGCCUGCUACAAGGCCAGCUUAUAGAUGCACCCCUGUCUGAGAUCGGGAUGCAGCAGGCCGAGGCGGCGGGGUGUUACCUGAAAGAUGUUGUGUUCAGCAACGUGUUUGUCAGUGAUAUGCUGCGGGCCCGACAGACUGCUGAAACAAUAGUGAAACACAACAGUAGUUGUUUUGGUCUACAAAUGGCGUCUGACCCUUUGCUUAAAGAGAAAAGCUUUGGGAUAGCAGAGGGCGGGCGGGUGCAGGACGUGAGAGAGAUGGCCAAGGCAGCUGGUCAGUCGUUCCCAGACUUCACCCCUCCAGGGGGGGAGACUCAGGAGCAGGUGAAGGAGCGGGUCAAAGAGUUUGUGGAGAAAAUGCUCCAGCAAAUUGGGGCCGAACACUGGCAGGACAGAGAGGAGGAUGAAACGUCCUUAUCUGCUCCACUAGAAACAUCUCCUGUGGUGGGAAAGCCAGACGAUGGGGUCAGGGGCGUCCCGGUCCACGCUUUGGUCGUCACCCACGGGGCCUACAUGUCCGUGGCAAUGCGCUUCUUUGUGGAGGAGUUACAUUGCUCCUUGCCUCCGGAUUCUAACAAAGCACAUAUGUUCUAUUUAAGUCCUAACACAGGUCUGUGUCGGUUUAUACUAACCGUGAGGAAAGAGAACGACAGGUUCACACUGUCAGGGAUCCACUGUGUGUUUGUCAACAGAGGGGACCAUGUCAAACAGUAGGAGCUGGAUGAACAGAGGUUUUUAAGAAGAGUAUAGGAGAUCACUGAGAGACAGUGGAAGAGGAAAGUGAGACGUACAAUGCUGAAAGUUGUUCAAUAUAAGCAUGUUUCCACAAUGUAAUUACUGAAGAAAAAAUGUUAGGUCAAAUAUGUAUGUGCUUUUUAUUAUUAGCCCAAUCAGAGUCAUUUGAUAUUGAGUAUCUGCCCGUACCUAGUCCCUACUUCCAUACUUCUAUUUUCCCAGAUAAUCACGAAAUUCAGAAAUGAUGUAGUUGAUACCAAUACCAGGAAUAUUUCACGAUUCUCAAAACCACGCUUAAAAACAAAACAAUCAAUCCCAUGUACUUCAACAUACACUCCUUUAUUACCGUUUGUGUACUGGUUUUUGUUAGGGAGUGAAACAGGUCCUAAUUUAUUUACUAAUAUUUAUUUUAUAUUAUAUUGAAAAAAUCUCUCUCAAAACAACUGUAUUUGUUCAAUUUUCUCGCAAAAACAAAAUUGUACCUUUUCCAAAAACACAUUAUUACUAAAUAGAACUUGAACGCCUCAUGAUGUAAUUCAAUGGACCCUCCCUCGUUAAACGGCUGCUAACAGCUAAAGUGAACUAGUUCUCCUGUUGAUGUCAACACUGAUUUGUUGAUCACAAUGUAGCAUUAACUGGGAAAGAAUACGAUACUGGACGCCCUGAAAGAUCUCAGUUGAUGGUUUGAUCCCGUGGACAUGUACUGUGGAGCUCAGCCGAGUGGAGAGUUGAUGACGGCUGCGUUCGUUGCGUUGCUGUGCAUGAAAGCUUCUGAUGUGUGACUGCUGACGUAAACCAAAGGAUUGGAUCGGGCUCUAAAGCUCAAUAUCAGUUAAAAAUGCUUUGAUCGGCCCGCAUACCUAUCUUUGAAAUUGGUUCGGGACAUCCCUAUAUUAUUAUUAUAUAGUUUACCAGUGGCAGGAUCUUUAAACUCAUUAUAGAAUACUGGAAUUAAUUGAAUUUAUAAAUCCAGGUUGAAAUCAACAAUGGAUGGAUUAAAAAAUAAAUGUACUGCCUAUGCAGUGGCCUACAACAACAAAUGUGUGUUUUAUUACCAGAGUUUAAAUGCUGUGUCAUGCAUUGAGCACCUUCAUUUAAACACAGAUAGACCAUUUGUUUUGCAGGGCAAUGUCAUCACUUUGUUACUGUCUGGCUGUUCAUUACUGUAAAUGUGGGCAGCUUUAUGCUCUAAUGAGUCCAUGUUUCUAUUUUUAUUCUCCGGAAGUUCACAGAUCCUACGUAGGAACGCAGAACGGAACUGCAACAGUGUUGACUCUUUGGAAAUCAGUGACUCUUUCAUUGUUGUCAAUUAACACUUUGGUCCAGGGCAAAUGCAUGCAAGAGUGCAACAGUGAAUACAUGCUAUACUUGCUGUACUGCAUGUAUAGUCACUGUUUUAGUGUAACAGAUUUUAUGGCUGUUGUCACUGAUUCUGUGAUUGAGAACACUUUAUAAUGUAGGAAUGCUCUCAGAUGUGAGCAGGUUAGAAUAUUUCUUAAAUAAGAAAAUGUAUCUGUUACAUGUUUCUGUAUCAUAGUUAGGUAUCUGUGGAAACUUGUCAACAACAAGAUGGUUUUCUGAUAAAGCUCCCUAACAAAAAUACAUUCAGUCUGCACUUUGUUCAUCUCUGCAGGAUAUAAGUCUUUGAUUUUACAUUUUGAUUUAUAAAUAUAUCCGAGACUUUGA